AUGGAGAAGAAAAAUAAGAAGAGGAAAGAGCAGGAGGAGGAGGAGGAGGAGAAGGAGGAGGAGGAGGAGGAGGAGGAGGAGGAGAAGGAGAAGGAGAAGGAGGAGGAGGAGGAGGAGGAGGAGGAGGAAGAGAAAGAAGACUAUGACAACACCUUCGUUGCUUCAAAAUGUCCGGGCUAAGAAGAAGAAGAAAAAGAAGAAGAAAAAAAUAAGGGAGAGGGGGAUUCGAAGGAGGGGAAGGAGGAGGAGGAGGAGGAGGAGGAGGAGGAGGAGGAGAUGGGCAGAAAUGCCAACUGACUUACGGCCAGUCAGAAGGAGUUAACAAAAACUACCUCGUCAACGUGUUCCCUGAAACAAAGGUCACAAAGCUGCCGAUCGCAGUGAGGGCACGUCUCGCAGUGGUCAUGCAGAUCCCUGCAUAAAUGGCAGACCAUACGUCGAGAUCCUUGGUUUCCUCUCUCGGCUAAAUAGGUUUGCGUACGUUUGUCCAACUCGUCGUUUUCCUCCAAUUUAGACUCGUGAACCGCAAUGUGACAGUAGAUACAUUUCCCGAAGGUGGACGAGGCGGUCGGAAGAAGGCAUGGCCGCCUGCAGAAACUGUGACCACAUGGCAGGAGAUAGGGGUUUCGAAAACUGGCGUAAAAAGGGGGAGAAGAAGAAAAUAAAAUGCCAGAAUGGAGACGGACACUGAUAUAACGCGUCAGCAGCUAAGAACGAAAUUUUUCAUGGUAAUUUCCAUCGUAGCUGUACAAGAUAAGGCAGCAAACAAAGCAUAUAGGUUAAACAGUUUGUAUUUAGGAGUUACAAAUCCAAUUUUUCAACAAAUCUCGCUAUAUAACGACCACAGACGAGCCACUGUGGAUGGCAAUUUCGGUAGGUCUGCAGCAGCUCAAAUGACUUUGCAAAGGCGUGUUUUGUCGGAUUUUAAAUGGUUUAUUUUGACCCAACCGUGAAAAAUUCGCGACCUUGACCCCCACUGGGGUAUUGUGGCUCAGAUGACUGUAUUCAAGCCUUUCACUCGCUGUCGUGAGCUCGGAUCCCGCUAAAGUCACCGAGUUUUGACAGCUGAGUCAGAAUAAAAUGUCGUAAAAGUAUCAAUCUUUCAUCCAACAACAUUGAUACAGAGCCGUUGAGAAACUUGCCAAAGCCGCAAAUGCCUUUGUACGCAGUGGUACAAAUCGCAGGGAGAAUUGUAAGCCAAUAAGUGAGGAGAAAGGCUUACCGAAACCGUGUAAGUGAAAGGUCAUUGCUAUUGAAUUAAAGGAUGAAAAUUUUGGUGUGGGUUUUCACUUCGGAGUAAUAUCCCAAAAAAUAAACUUUGCUUACGAACAUAAGCACCCAGGUGAUAGUUUCUGAACCUCGAGGUGUUUUAACUUGGCGCAUGUCACAGAAGCCGUCAAGUAAGGUAGGAAACUAUAUGUAUAUAUAAUGCGAGAACAGCGAUAUCACCCAGACCUUAUGACUUAAUGUGACAUACGGUUUUUUGGCCAACCGCUGUGGUUCAGAAGGCGAGCAGAAGGCAUGUGGAGACGCGCCUUAACGGAUACAGAAUUUCCAAGAAGUCAGUCGGGCACAUGGGUUCGAGCAUGCUGCAAACUGUCAUAACAGAAUUUCGAAAUAUAUGGGAAAGAUCGAAUACACCUCGCAAUCCUUGACAUUCUAACUGUCAUAUACUCAUAUACAUUACCCCCAGACCAAUGUUUGCAAGUGGUGACAUGAGCGAUAAUCGUGAUAGACAAAAACUCAAAAAGACUUACAAAUCCUUGCAAACUCCGCAAGUAAGUUCCUUGACCUCAGUCAUGUCGGAAUUGCUGCCGAAACCACAAGUCAGUUUUUGCACACUGUUGUAACCCGUGUCGUAAUGGAUGCUUCUAGAACGAUUUACACCAGCCAACGGGGUUUUAGCUCUGACAAACAAGCAUGCAUUCUGAUAGGUAGAUUCGGUCCUUUGCCGAGUCGGUACGUGUGUUGCGCAAUGAUGGCGCAAGAUUAGUUAUCCUUGUCGCUGAAAUAAUCAGGGGAUUAAGUGCAUAUUGACUUCCACGAUGUGUGCUACAAUCCAAAAUCUACCCGGAAGCGUCACAUGGAAGCGUGUAAUGCCUAAUUGUUCUCUGCGGGGCCUACGGUACGCCUUGAAAUCUAGCAUAGUUCCUAUCAUUUGGAUUUCGGCUGACGUUUUUACUGAUUGCCCAACUAAACUCUUUUCCAAGUUUUCGAGGGCAGAGUAACCGACGGUAGCGAUGACGUAAAAGUUAUUAAGAUUUUCUUAAUAUGUAUGUAAUAAAUGGAUAAUCUCAUGAAAAUUUAACCAAAAUUCUGAAACACGCAUUCGAAUGGGAAAGAUAACUCAACAGUCUUUUAUUGUGUGAGAGCAUCCAGGAAUGGAAGUAAAUUGUCAAUUUCCCCUUCGAUUGUGAAUUUUAUACGCCUAAUUCUUCGGCUGACAGUGUUGCGGGCGUUUCCAGACGGUCCAUUUUAAUGAUAGUAAAUGUGUCUUCUGGGGUUCGAACCCCCAGCCUGUUGGUUUGGAUCGUUGUCUGAUCUGCAGCAUUCUGAAAAAAGUGUUCAUAAUAGGCUCCGCAGACUGGAAAGACAUAGGAUGUCGCUUCUACUCAACUGCCUUCAGAUAAGCACAACCCCAAUUUUCUAGGAGCCGAAGAGACGGCGUGGUUUGACCUAUCGUCGGGGAAUACACGUAGAUAUAUCCUUACCCUGUCCAUGAGGACGGGACCUCGUUUCACAAGACUCGUCAACGUGUGGACUGGAGACCAGUUAAUCAGGCAUACGCGUGCCCACACGUACUGCGUACUUUGACAUGAAUUUGGUUGCGUUCAAGACUAAUUCCGGAUUAGAUUGUUUGAAAUCCCCUUUAGAUAACAGUUUAUUUUGUUAUUGGUUUCUUCCAAAUGUGCAUCUGAAUUGGCAUUCGGCGUUAAAACUAGUCCCCUCACCUCGAAUUGUUGGCAGUCCACCAGGAUCUGGCUCAUCUAGAGCGUGCAGAACUUGCUCUAUCGCCUUUUUACCGUACAACCAUACAUCGGAUCCGGUGAAUUAAGCACAAAAGGACGCCCCUCCUCCUACUUGAUCGAGAAGUACUGGCUGAUUCUCCUACUUGCCUUUAAAAAUUCCGAGUAAUUGCCAUUCCUGUAGUGUGUUAUGCAAAUUUUUACCCUUUUAAUAAUUUAUGAAUUGAAAAAGAAGACACGAUCGCCGGGGAAGAGUUUUAUUAGCCUAACGUUUCGGAUUCCUACUCGAAUCCAUCAUCAGAGACGAAAACGCAGAAACGGGUGGUUAUUGCACAAGGGGCUGCGGUAUUUAUAGGAUGCAGUAGCCAUGCUCCGCAUACCUAUGAACAUUCACGGCUCCGGGAUUGUCGCACUUGGUGUGAUCAUUGCUUGAUAGCCGACAUUCGAGUCGAUAAUUGCUGUAAUUUCAUCACGUGCGUUGGAUGUUGGCAUGAUGAUUGCUCGACCAUCUGACGCACCGACCCCGGUGUUGGGAAAAGUGUUCACCUCUGCCCUUCCCGCAUGGCUUGUUACCCCGUCUAGGCGUAAUUUUAGCACGGAGUAUGGAGUCCGGAUCUGGUGCAGUUGCGGACAAAGCAACUACGUCGGAGAAACUGGAAGACAGCUCCGAACAAGAAUGGUUGAACACGCGGCAGCGGUGCGCAGAAAUGACGCCAGUUCUCAAGUUGCGGCUCAUUCAAUGA